AUGACCUUGGAACGGGAUUUGUUGGACAUGUUCGAUUUUGAAUCUAGGUUUGAGGAUAUUUUGACUAUGGUAAUACCACCGUGGAUAAUUAAUCCAUAUGGUGACAUAGAAGAAACGAAUGUCAUAAUACAAGAGGAACUGACUGAACUAAGUACAAACGAAGAACUUAAGGUUCAGUUUAAAAACGGAUAUCAGCAAUUCUGGCUGCAAAACAACAUACCCGUUACUUAUCCCGUAUUAUGGAAUAUAGCGAGGAAAUUUUUAAUUUCCUUUCCAUCAUCAUACCUAGUGGAAAUUGGGUUCAGCGCUGUUACCAAUCUCCUAACGAAAUAA